AUGGAGAGGGAUGAGGCUUAUCGUCCGUAUUUACGGUGGUUAUCUUUGGGGUCGGCGAAAUCUCUUCAAAGCCUAAGGCCACAUCGGGAGCCGCCAGGAACGCCGGAGCAGCAGGAGUCUCCGGAUCCGCCGGAGCCUCCAGGUCUGCCGGAUCCACCGCCGCGAAACGAGCGAAUCUCUGGUGCUUAUCAUCGGAUCCUCCCACCUCAACCGGCGGCAGUUGGAAUACGGCUUCCUUCGUCGAGAUGUUACUGCCACAACGCGAGGUCACCGUCCUCCUUCCGUUUGAUUCUCUCCGGUGUAGAUGACCUUCGGUGGGGUCCGAUCUGUGUCCCUGUACCGGAAAGCGAAAUCGAUAAAGGCGACGGUGAGAUCUCGGAAGCUGAAUUCGAAGUUGAUGGGCUGUUUGAAAGAGAUGGGCCUUCGAACAUUCAAACUGAUAGGUGGGCCUGGCCCAAAUGUUUUAAGGUACCAUGUUCUGUUUUUUUAAAUGUUCUCUGGGGAAAAAGCUCAUCAACUCCACAACAUAUAACUCCGUCAAAGUUAAGGCUACAGAAAGCUUCUACAACAAGAGAUGCUCGUUAUCUGAUCUCUACCGCUAUGGUCACUAAUCUUAAUGGGAGAUUGAAGUUGGAAGUUUCUGAAUCAAUUCUGGGCAGGCCAUUGCCCAGCUCGUUAAACCAAAUGGUCAAUGUUUCAAGGCUUUCCAUAUCGAGCGUGGAGUUGCCAUCUUGCCUUCGAUGGGUUUCUAUUCAACAAUCGUCGUGCAUCAAGUCGCCGCGUGGGUCUAUUCCGAGCUUAUCCGUCUCCGUGAUAGGUCAAAGCUCGAUCUUCGGCAUGUGUCCUUCCGGAAUGUUUCCUGAGUUUAUUCGUAUAUUAGGCAUUGGGCUCAUACCUGAUUGGGCGAGUCUCCGGUGUAUCACAAUCGUUCAUCCACCCCUCCGGUCCAYCUAUCGGAUAAGGCUGUCUCRUCCUCCUGAAUCCACCGUAGCGUCUUUGUUUUUCUACGCAUUAGGUAAGGAGGUUUAUUGGGCUGUGCAACAUAGGACAAGGGGGCUUCUUAGCCCAAACCCAUUUCCCAACUCAAAUCCAUCUCCCAGAACCAAACUCUUAGAGAGUUYUCUCGGUUGGUUUAUAGUGAGAACUAUGAUCAAUGUAUGGUUGGAGAUGUCGAAUGUAGCAACUUAUUCCCUAUGGGAAGGACCGUUGCAAACUUCCUUCUCUUUGAGAGGAGGUGAAUUAUUCCCGAGUUCCAUGCCGGGAAAACUUAUGAAUGUCUUUGCCAAAUUGUUUUCUUGCUUAGGAGUCUCGAGGCCCGAAGAAACAAACGGGAGUGUUUUGGCGCUUCUCGGAGGCAAAGCUUCACUUUCAACGUCACUACAAGUGACUAACUCCAGCCUAGGCGGCCAUUUCGGCUUUGCKGGUAAGAUCAUUUCGACGCAUUCGGAUUGUGAUUCGAGUUUGCAGUCAAGUGAUCACUCUUUAUCUGUUUUAAUCUGUAUUGCUUUUAAAUUGUAUUAUCAAAAUUUCAGAGGAUGGUUAAUUCCCUCUGCUUGUAUUGUUGAAUAG